AUGUGGCUGACCCGAACUGUUCCUUUCCGAUACUUGACAUCUAACCGAAGACUUCAAAAACCGCCAUGGCUGAAAACAUAUCCUGCUGCCUUCUACUCAGAUUCUCCCGAGAAGAAAGGCAAAGUCACCCCUUUGCAGGAGACUAGAAUGAGAGAUAGGUUUACUCUGUACGCACGUGGCGGCGAAGGUGGAAAUGGUUGUUCCAGUGUCCGCCGUAGCCGUACUGAUCGUUACGGAAAACCUGAUGGUGGAAAUGGUGGGAGAGGAGGUGAUGUGAUAUUAGAAUGCACACACGCUGUUUGGGAUUUCAGCGGAUUACAACCUCAUGUUAAAGGUGGGAAAGCUGGACAUGGAACUUCCAAGAACAGGAUUGGAAACAGAGGAGAAGACAAGGUUCUUCAAGUUCCCAUUGGGACAGUGAUUCAUCUACAAGAGGGUGAGCUUCCAUCUCAUAUUCAAGCUGAUUCUCCCAAGAGCUCAGAUCCAUGGGAUCUUCCUGGCACACUAGUUGAUGAUCCUGAAUUAGAGGAGUAUACACCAGAAUCUUCUGUUGAAGAUGAAGCUGAAGAUGAGGAAGAGAGUGUAGAAGCAUUACAUCUAGGCAAUGAAGAAGAAACUGAUUUUGAAGAAGGAGAAGUCAGAUACAACGUUGCGGAACUAACAGAAGAAGGUCAGAGCAUAGUCAUCGCACGUGGUGGUGAAGGAGGUUUAGGUAACGUUUCCGCUACACGUUACUUAAGAGGCACCAAGUUCGCUAAAACCGCCACGUUGAGAACUAUGGAAGGUGACUCUGAUGAUGAUGGUAAUGGUAAUGGUCAACAACGCACGAGCAUUAAAUGUGGCUCUCUCGGUACAGAGUCUGUCCUGAUACUAGAACUGAAAAGCAUAGCUGAUGUUGGUCUUGUCGGGAUGCCAAACGCCGGAAAAAGCACACUUCUCGGUGCACUCUCACGUGCCAAGCCACGUGUAGGCCACUAUGCGUUCACAACGCUACGUCCUAAUCUAGGAAACGUAAACUACGAUGACUUCUCCGUCACGGUAGCUGACAUUCCAGGGCUUAUCAAAGGAGCUCAUCAGAACAGAGGACUAGGGCAUAACUUUCUCCGCCACAUUGAGCGGACCAAAGUGUUGGCUUACGUUGUGGACUUAGCGUCAGGGCUAGAUGGUUGCGAAGGUGUGACACCGUGGCAGCAACUGAGAGAUCUUGUGAUGGAGCUUGAGUACCAUGAAGAAGGGUUGUCUGAUAGGUCGUCUUUGAUCGUGGCGAACAAGAUUGAUGAGGAUGGUGCGGAUGAGAGGUUAGAGGAGCUUGAGAGGAGAGUGAAAGGAGUGAGGAUAUUUCCUGUUUGUGCGGUUCUUGAAGAAGGUGUGGCUGAGCUGAAAGAUGGUUUGAAAAUGCUUGUGAACGGUGAUGGUGAGGGAUCAGAGAGGUUAAAGUUGGAGAAUAUCUCUGUUGACUAG